AUGGGAGCAGCGGCUAAGAAGCAAAGAAUCGGAAUAAGAGGAGACGCUAAAGUAACCAAGAAAUUGGAGAAAAAAGAUCAAGUAAGAUCGUCUGAUGAAGAAAAUGAAAGUGUUGAAUCAUCAGAUGAAGAAAAUGAAAAUUUAGAAGAUAUUGAAGGAGAUGACGAAGUAGAUAUCGAAGUAGACGACGAAGCUGAUAUAGAUGGAGUUUCUUCAGGUGAUGAAGCAGAAGAUUCGGAAGAAAAUACAGACUCUUCGGAUUAUGACGAUGAUGAGAUUCCUAAGAUGAAGAAGAAGAAGAACUUAGACGAUGGUUCAGAAUCGUUCGCUAAUGCGUUCAAUGCUAUUGUGGGAUCUCGUUUGAAGGCUUAUAAUAGAAAGGAUCCUAUAUUGGCCAAGAAUAAGACCACCUUGAAGAAAUUAGAGUCCGACAAAUUAGAAGCCAAGGCUAAAAGGUUGAUUUUAUCGGAAAAGAAACAAUUGCAUGACAAACAUCGUAUCAAAAAUUUGUUACCAUCUGCUAGCGAGCCUGAAAAAGUCAGAACUAUCAUUCAAAACGAAAGACAAUUGAAGAAAGUUGCGCAAAAAGGUGUAGUGAGGUUAUUUAACGCUGUUUUAUCUACUCAACUCAAGACUAACCAAGAAAUUGGUAAAGAGCAGGUUGGUCAAACAAAGAAGGAGGAAUUAAUGAAUGAAAUAUCAAAAGAGAAAUUUUUAGACCUCGUUCAAGCAGCAGGUCAAUCAUAA